AUAUAGCUCAUUGAUCAGAAUAGAGAAUAUAUAUAAAGCUUUCAUUAACGACGUCUGAGGGAGAACAAAUUAAAGAAGAAGGAUGUCGGGGGCGCAGGGAGCGCAGCCCAAGGAAUCGAGGACCGCGACCACCUACGCGUCAGCGGUGGAUGAACAUAACCGCCCGAGGACGGAGCUACGGUCCCGGGAGGAUGAGCGAGGUGUUCAGGUGAAUAAUCUCCAGGACAGAGCCAAGGACGCUGCUGGAUCCGGUGGCCCCGUCUUCGGUCCUGGCAAGGAUGAGGACAAGAAGCAAGACCUCGGGGUCACCGGAACCGGUUGAUAUAUAUAGAUGGGUAUAUUUCCAUAUUCCGGUAGUAUAUAAUAUAUAUAAGUCAUCAGUGUCAACCUGUUGAUCUAUGCAUAGUGCAGGAUAAUGCAAGUUGAACAAUAAGGGCGUUGUAAUUCUCAUAUUUUGUCACUUUCUUUUCUGUUCGAUGGCAUUCGACAACGUAUGUAUAUGUAUGUUCAGCUAUAUCUUUUUGUUUUUUAAUAUGAAAUGAUAUAUAUUUGCGAUGUAUAAUA